AUGUCUAUAAUUAAUUCAACAUCAGAAAAUUCAUUAGAUUACAUUUUUGCUUCAGUUUAUGUUGAAGAAAGUAUAAUGAACAAAAUAAUGACAGAAGAAAAACAGAAACUGAAGGAAUUUUUACAAGCAAGUGAAGGUAAGGGACAAAUAUCACCAAUGAGAGGUACAUUAUUUGAGGGUGUUGCACACAGAUGUCUCCAAAACGGUGGAGCAUUCACUGUAUGUAGUUUGGAGAAUAAUACAUCCUUGCCAAUACCAUUACAACCGUCAAAUUUUCCAAGCAAUGAUGCAAUAUUUCCAUCGAACUAUAUCUUCCAAAUUACAAUUUCAAAAAAUCGUGCAAUAAAAUGGGCAGCAUUAGAAGCAAAUUAG